AUGGCUGGUCAAACCAUAAAUGACAGAUUGCUUGCCGCGAGACACAGUCUUGCCGGCCAAGGGCUGGCAAAAUCCGUUUGUAAAGCUACAACUGAAGAAUUAAUAGGACCGAAGAAAAAACAUUUAGAUUAUUUGGUGCAUUGCACAAACGAGCCAAAUGUUUCGAUUCCACAGCUGGCAAAUCUACUUAUAGAGAGGUCUCAAAAUGCAAAUUGGGUCGUAGUUUUUAAGGCUCUCAUAACGGUUCAUCAUAUGCUAUGCUAUGGGAACGAGAGGUUUACUCAGUACUUAGCUUCGAGCAACAGCACGUUUCAAUUAAGCAAUUUCUUAGACAAAAGCAGCGUGCAAGGGAGCGGUGCAAGAGUUGGUUACGAUAUGUCACCUUUCAUUAGGCGCUACGCAAAAUAUUUAAACGAAAAGGCUUUGUCGUACAGAACUGUUGCUUUUGAUUUUUGCAAAGUGAAAAGAGGAAAAGAAGAUGGAACAUUGCGUACCAUGAACGCGGAAAAACUUCUCAAAACUCUUCCGGUUUUACAAUCACAAGUUGAUAGUCUUUUGGAAUUCGAUUGUACGGCAAAUGAUUUAACCAACGGAGUCAUAAACAUGGCUUUCAUGUUGUUAUUCCGCGAUUUGAUUCGGCUUUUCGCUUGCUACAAUGACGGAAUCAUUAAUUUAUUAGAAAAAUAUUUUGACAUGAACAAAAAACAAUGUCGCGACGCGUUAGAUUUGUAUAAAAAAUUUCUCAUACGGAUGGAUAGAGUCGGUGAAUUUUUAAAAGUCGCAGAAAACGUCGGCAUAGACAAGGGAGAUAUUCCGGAUUUAACGAAAGCUCCGAGCAGUCUAUUGGAUGCUCUCGAACAACAUUUGGGAGCUCUCGAAGGGAAAAAAGGAUCGGCUGCCAACACUCCGACUCAAUCCGCCAGAACGAAUGUUAAGUCUGGCGUCUCCGCUCUAUCUUCCACCAGCAGCGCUUUCGGAACAGUGGCUGCCAGUACGAGAUUGGAUUCGGCGUCUUCGGCCGCAAAUGGAAUCGACGAAAGCGUGCAAUCACCGACUAACAGUAGUACGAAUCCAUUUUUGUCCACCGGAUCGACUGCUCAGCAACCAAUCGUCGAUUUAUUCGGAGGAACGCCCAGCAACGUUCCUCCUCCACAGCCUGUUAAAGCAUCCGAUGAUCUUUUGCAAUUGGGAAAUCCCUUUUGCGAUAUAUUUUCCGGUUCUCAGGCUCAACCUCCGGUGUCAUCAUCUACGAAUAAUGCUUGGAUGUCCAAUGGUUUUGGAAAUAGUCAACCGUCGACGGUCCCCGCUAACACUGCUCCUCCGGCUUUUGUUAGUGACACUGCUUUUUCGUCAGUUUUUGGAAAUAACAACAUCGCAAACGUUGCUUCAACCGCUACCACCAACAAAGUUUUGACCGGGGAUUUGGAUAGUAGUUUAGCUUCGCUCGCGGAAAAUCUCACCAUAAAUAAAGGCGCUCAGCAACCGCCGAAAGGAGUGCAAUGGAAUUCUCCAAAAAAUACGGCUAAACCAGGAGGUGCGAGUUGGAGUCCUCAACCCAUGGCGGCCACGACCGGAGCCAAUUACAGACCGAUGGUAAGUUAA